AUGGACACCUUUACCAUCUUCUCGGAGUUUGAGGAUCCAGAACGGCAAGAACUCAUCGACCGCCUGGUGAAUCUCGAUACCGGUUUCACUACUGUGACUCGCACCGGCAUGUUGCUCAUGUGGCUUUGCGAUCUCGACAUCCUUCGGAGGGCAGUGGAGCCUGAACAGAAGGAAUACAGACGGUUUCUGAAACUGAUCGUGACAGUGCCGAUGAUGGAUCACGCUGGCAUUUGCGACCCCAAGAAUUUCCGCGAUCCGCAGUCCUCGAAGCCCUGCGAGAUCACAGUUACCAGUCCCAUCGCAAGUGUCUACCUCUCCGCGGCCGUUAAGAAGCUCCAGCGAAUAUUGGAUCGAGAUGGGGUUCGAUGCGUCCUCACCCAACUAGGUCAACCUACGCUUCACAUAGCGCACAUUAUCCCGUUCAAGCUAAACGGGGUAACAGGUAGAGACGACCCAAUCUGGACCUGGCUCGAAACGUUUUGGGGCGAAGAGAGGACCCGCUCAUGGAAGCAACAGCUUAUCCAAGGCGAGGACGAUGCUCUGAAUACCGAGUUUUUAGCCAACCUUAUGACAUUGAGUGUUCAGGCUCACUGUUAUUUGGACGCCGGUCUCUGUGCCUUCCGUCCCAUCUCUAUCAAUGAAGCCAAGACUAGCAUGACCGUUUCCUUUCACUGGUUACCGUUGCCGAUGGCUGAUGCCCGUCGGACAUCUCGUGUUCCCCUUCAGUCCCAUCCCUAUCCAGAACGGCGGCAAGGUUGGGUCCAUACCCCAAGGGAAAAUGAGGAAGACGGGGAGAUAGGACUCUUCCACUGGGGAAGAAUGGAGGUAAUCCGCUCCGGUUUCAUUUUCGAAAUGAGCACGCCGGAUCCCAAGAUUAUUCCUCUCCCGUCCUUCGAACUACUUGAGCUCCGGUGGCAUCUGUCACGAAUUAUGGCUAUGCAGGGUGCCGCAGAGGACGAAGACGAUGACUUCCUGAGUGAUUAUGAGACGACCCAAGUCCCUUCUCGGAGUGUAGUUCCUCCAGUCCGCGCCGAGCCCGAAAAUAGAGACGACGGAUGGGAUUUCUCAAGAGGAAGGGACUUCUCGUGGCUACAGCCGCCAGCCCAAAUUGUCGCUCAUCCUGACGAGAAUGUCCUUCCCUCCCGGCCAAUGCCAAUCCGGCCACGCAUCCGUCGCAGUCCAACCAGUCACAAGGGAAGCCCAACGAAAGAAAAUCCUAGGCCGAUCGGAGCUCGGUCCCUGUCUCCGGAAAAAACACAGCCCUCAGAAGGGGCUUUGAUGGAAGCCCAGGAUUGGGCAUGGGUUCGUGGCCGUGGGGGAGGCUAG